AUGAGAGUAGAUGGUAAAUUGUUUGUUGAACACGAUGCAGCUAUACACAGUAGUAAACCUAGGUGUGUGAAUGAAAGUGUAGAGUUAGAGGUAAGUGAUGAAGAGAUCGUAGAAGGGAUGAAUGAUAGUGAGGAUGAGAGGGCCACAACUCUUGAUGAUGGCUUUGGAGUGGUUGAUGUUACUUUACCAGUUAGUGAGGGCCCUCUUGUAGCUGGUUUGUUGACUUAUCCUAGUAAGGGUAAAAGUGAGAGUGAAAAUAAAGGUGAGAAUGAUGAAUAUAUAAGUGAGGAUUUACUAACUUCUGACCCUGAUGCCUCAGAGGAUGAAAAAGAGCCUAGGUUUGACAAGUUUAAGAAGGAGGAGCUGAAUAAGGAUUACAAAUUUAAAUGGGGUAUGGAGUUCAAUACCCUAGAUGAUUUUAGAGAGGCCAUCCGUGAGUGGACGGUAUUAAAUGGGAGGGAAAUUACCUUUGUUAAAAAUGAGAGUUAUAGAGUGAGGGUUGAGUGCAAGGCCAAAUGUGGUUAUUUAAUGCUUUGCUCUAAAGUGGGCCAUAAGCACAGUUAUGCCAUAAAGACUAUAAAAGAUACCCACACAUGUGCUAGGGUUUUGGAUAACAAAAGUGCAAGUUCUAAGUGGGUGGCUAAGGCUGUGGUCAAAAAGAUGAGAACAUCUGACAAGGUAAGGAUUUGUGACAUAAUCCAAGACAUGAGGCAAAAUUAUUCUGUUGGUAUCACUGUUUGUAAGGCAUGGAAAGCAAAGCUGAUUGCCAAAAAAAUCAUUGAAGGAAAUGCAGACAAGGAGUAUGCAAAUCUGUGGAGGUAUGCAUCUGAGUUGCAUAGGGUCAAUCCUGGAAACACUGUGAAGAUAAACAUAGAGAGGCCUUUACCUACCAUCCAACCAAGGUUUGGAUCUUUUUACUUCUGUUUUGAUGGAUGUAAAAAAGGUUAUACAAAUGGUUGUAGACCCUUCAUUGGGGUAGAUGGAUGUCAUUUGAAAACAAAGUAUGGAGGUCAACUAUUGAUUGUUGUUGGAAGAGAUCCAAAUGAUCAAUACUUCCCUUUGGCCUUUGGAGUGGUGGAAACAGAAACCAAAGAGUCAUGGAGGUGGUUUAUACAACUGUUAAUGGAAGACAUUGGGUAG